UUCCGUAAACUUGGCAAUGUGUUUUAUGAUGUUACGAGUGUUUACGUGGAUAUUGUGUUUCGUCAUUGAACAAGUUGUUUUGUAAAGUACAGACAGAUUAUGUGUAGUCAAAAUUUGGACCUGACUUUAAAGCGGGACAGAGUUUAGAGAUGAAACUGUUGUAAUGUUUAUACCAAAAUGCAGUGGUGAAAACCGGUGUAUCAAAGCAGUCUGAAAAUCUCUGUUAAGACUUCAGUCGUCUUGGAUGCGUGCAUGGCAUUUACCGCUUCAUUAUGACGGAAUCGUAUGGCAAUAUUUUGCCAAAACAUGCUAUCUAUCCAUCAUCUGGGGCAAGUCCAUACCUGAUUCUUUUGGUGGUGGUAAAGUUUUUGAGGGCUGUGGGUCUGUUUAUGUCCUAUGAUUUACUCAAGUUGAUUCCAGUGGUUCAGUUCCUCUUCAUUGUAAAAGCAGGGAGUACAAUACCAUUACUUCUUCUCCAGAAGCCCUUUUCAUCAGGAAAAAGACUUUCAAAAAAUCAUUGGUUCCGAGUUAUACGGCAUGCACUGUUUGGUGGGCUCAUCAAUUUGCUGUGGCUGUUUGGACUGACUCUCUGUGGUCCAUUGAGAACAAUCCUUCUUUUUGAGCAUAGUGAUUUAGUGAUCGUAGCAGGAGCAUGUGCUAUUUUCACAAACAACGGAGGUGGCCCCUCAAAGAUGAGAGGGGCCAUAUUCUUCAUAAUAGCUGUGAUAACACUGUUGCUGUUUGAUCAUGAUGAGAGACUAGAUAAUCUCGCUGUUCAUGAAUCGAGUGAAAUACAUCAAAAUAUCUUUACACACCUGUUUUACCAUGUUGUCAACCUCAUUGGAUGGUCGGAUCACAAGGGAGGAGUGGUUCUGUUGGCGAUAACCCUGUUUACACACGUAGGAUAUAGCAGUGCCUCUAAGAAACUAUCGGUGGACAUAGGAGGGUCCAAGAGACUCCAUGCCCUCUCUACAUUGUUACAGGCCAUACUGCUCUUUCCCUGGAUGGUCUUCAUGCACUUCACAAGGGAGAGUUACAUAGAGUCAUGGCUGUACCUUCUGUUUCCUCUGACACUCGUGAUACUGUUUGUGUUUGUGGUGGACUUUUAUAUUGAGGCGGUUGUGACUAACCACCUCCAGCCUCCAAAGACAGCUGUGUAUGGUACAUACGCCAUCACAAUUAGUGCACUGUUUCUAGGCCUGACAUGGAAUCAUCCUAUGAUGGCCCAGAUAACAACCCUUCACAAGUUACGUGACAUCGUCACAGAAGACCAUGUGUUGUCAGGGGGCGUGGUCCUCAGCCUUAUGACCUUCCUCCUUGCUUCCAGUAUACUUGGAUUUCCUAGUAAGCCAAGCAAGGGCGGAAGCUUUGUAGGGUAUUCCCCCUCGGGACUGCCCCUCUAUAGCUUUACGGGAGAUGCUUUACAUAAAACCACACAUUCAGUGCUGUCAAUCAUCAAGAACGGUCUACGCCAAAUAUUGGAGGAUUCUAAUUCACGCAAAAUAUUUUAUUUCCUGUGUAUUAAUUUAAUAUUUACAUUUGUUGAGCUGGUGUAUGGUGCGUGGACCAACAGUCUAGGUCUGAUAUCCGACGGCUUCCACAUGUUAUUUGAUUGUUCGGCCCUGGUCAUGGGACUUUAUGCAGCCAUUAUGAGCCGAUGGAAGGCAACUCGGAUAUUCUCCUAUGGGUAUGACCGAGUGGAGAUUUUGUCUGGGUUUAUAAAUGGCCUUUUCCUUGUUGUCAUUGGAAUAUUUGUAUUUACUGAAGCUAUUGAGAGGUUACAUGAACCACCAGUGGUGAAAACAGAAAGACUUCUUACUGUAUCUGUGAUAGGAUUACUAGUGAACUUAGUUGGCAUAACAGCCUUUAGGAGCUCCCACACUCACGGUCAUGGGGGACAUGGCCACAGUCACGGAGGAGACCAGCAUGGACAUUCUCACGGUGCACCUAGUCAAAAGGAUCAUAAUAUCAAUAUGGAGGGUGUAUUCCUGCAUGUGUUAGCAGACACGAUGGGCAGUGUUGGCGUGAUCAUAUCAUCACUGUUGAUCGAGAACUUUGGCUGGAACAUUGCGGAUCCCAUCUGCUCUCUGUUCAUUGCCACCAUGAUCCUGUUGAGUGUGAUGCCCCUACUGAAGGAGACCUCACUCAUCCUCCUCCUCAGGAUGCCAGUAAGAAUGGAGAAGGACCUGGCUACAGCGUGCAGCAAGUUGCUGACAGUAGAUGGGGUGUUGUCAUACAGGGAGCCUAAGAUCUGGUGUCACACUGCAGACAAAGUAUUUGGUAGUAUACACAUACAGGCUGCUCCUGAUGCAAGUGAACAAAAGGUGGUAGCUCAGAUAAGCAGUAUAUUCAAGGAGAUUGGUGUGGCCAAUCUGACCGUCCAGGUAGAAAAGGAGAGCUACUUUCAUCACCUGUCGGGACUUGGUGCUAACUUUAACGAGGUGGUACAAAUGACAAACAACUUUAAAACACAACCUCUUUCCCUGGAGGACAGCUUUAUCAAAUCUAUAUGAAAUCUUAUCGGCGACCUUUAUCUCAUUUGAUGAAUGCUUACAUGACUAGCACAACAGACACUAGAAUGGUUAUGCAUCAAUUUAAUUUAAAAAUGGAUCAUUUUGAAGAACAAUGUAUUGAAAAGAUAUGAAAUUAAUAGUUUUACCUUAAUCUGCUUCCCGGUAACUACUUCUAAAAUCAUGUGAAGAUGAACAAAAAAGCAUGCUAUUUAUUUUAUCAUUGUUUAGGUAAAAGUGAUGGCCAAAGUCUUGCUUGAAAAAAAAUCAGUAGGGUAAUAUCGUUGCACCCUGUAAGAAGACACAAUUUGCAUUCUUCUUCUCAUCCUCUUUCGCUCUCUUGAUCCCUGGAAUAUGUCAUAGCAAAAUUGAAGCAUAGUUGUGCGCCACUUUGUAGAUGAGACAAGAACACUAGUUUGAUCCUUUCAUGUACAUCAAAAGAAUCUCGCAGUCGCAUAACGGUAAAUAUUACUGACUUUGUAGUCGGGCGUCGCUCCUCUGUAAUUUUCAAAGGACAGGUAUCAGCCUAAUGAUUGGUCAGGUCUUUUACUGGAGACCAAUCAAAUAGCUAACCACUUGCCUUCAAUUUUGCUAUGACAUAUUCCAGGGGUGCAGAGAGCAUAAGGGAGCAUAACCCAUGGAGUACAGUGGAUGUCUUAAUCUGUAAGUGAGAUUACCAAGAAGAGUAUUUUUGUGCUCAAAUAAGUUUAAUGAAAGAUAUAUAUCAUUUACAAAUACAUAUAGCAUUAUACAGUAAUUUCAUCUUGUUUGUAAACCAGUAUUUAUAAUAAAAAGAGAACUUACCAUGAAAACUGACUUUGAAUAACAAUAAACACUGCAUUGCAUGCAUGUAAAAACAAUUCACUGUGUUGGAGAAUGUCUUCUAGUGCAGUGUGGAAGAUUUGGAAGGUCUUCAAAGAGUAUUUUGGAAGUAGAUUUUCAAUUGUGUGCAAGUUGUGUUAUCCUGGUGAGAUGGGAAAGUAAGCAACAGAGACUGUGAUUGUGGGUUAAGACUGGUUUUGUUAGUACAUGUACCAGUAUUAAUUUUUAACUUGAUGAAUUUUAUCAAACAACUCAAUAUACCUCUUCUGUGCUUUUUGUCUCAGUUACAUAACUUACUGGUGAUCAGUUUUAAUUUGUAUCAAGAUAAAUCCAAGUAUUAAAUUGUAAAUAUGCAGGUAUCAUUUUACUCAAGCAACAAAGCUGAGUCAUAAACACAUAAUUAUGCCAUAACAUUAAAAGGUAACCUAAAUCUUAUUAUUUAAGAUUACAGUUUUCCAUCUACUAAAAAUAAUUCACUAUACAAUUUGGCAGUUAUUUUUAAAAAAUAUAAUGUAUUUUAAAGUACCUGUCUUUUUUUCUUUUUUGUUUGUUUGUUAAAAUUUGCUUAAAUACAUAUCAGAAAGUUGCAAGUGUCAUGAUCCAUUAUCAACAAUAAAGUGCUCUGUCAAUUUUGUCAACUGUUAGACACUUAUGACCACUUAACAUUGAUUUUUGUUAUUUAUUCCUGGUAAACAAAGAUAUUAGUUCAAAGUAUUGUUCUUCUUUAAUAGAAAUGUUUAUGCACAACAUAUUUUGAUAGCUGGAUCUCAUUCAAAUUGAAGACUAACACUUUCUUGUUAAUAUAUCAAUACUUUGAAACAAUGAGCAUGUUAAUAGAUACAUAAUUUUAAUUCUAUAAUGAUAAGUGAAUCGGAGCAAAUUAGCUGAAGAUCUAGUACACAGAAAUGACUAUACAGAAAAUGUUUCACUGCAGUUUAAUUUGCACAGUUUUUGGCCUCCAUAGUGAGGGUGAAUUUAUCUUGACAGCAAGGUUGAGGUUCUUAUAUACCGCUUUAUCACAACCUACAAUUAUAGUUUGAAGGUCGUCUCAAAGCGGUUCACAAAUUA